GCACACACUUCUCUCUCCGAGCAUAUCAUCAUCUCUAUUUCUCGCAUGCUCAAAUUUCUGAAUAGAAUCUUCAAUUCUUUUUCUUUUUCCGUUUGUUUUUCCUUCUGUUCAGUUCGUUCCAAUAUUCACGAUCUGAACGAACAGAGAGAUUUGCAUCUAAAUCAGAAGGAAAAACCGUUUGGAUCUCUGAACGGAGAAGAAGAGAUGAAGAUCAACAAAGCCUGCGAUCUUAGCUCUAUCUCAGUCCUACCUCAACACGCAAGGAGACCUAACACCGUAGCAAGCGGGUUGCAGUCAUCACAGCCUCGCUCACAACCAUCACAGCAAUCGUUCUGUACUGGACUUUCAUCUCAACCUGCAAUGUUUUCUCAGUUCUCUCAAAGUCAAACCUCAGUUGAUGAGGCUGUGAUAAAUGGCCAGAGAGGGUGUUCUCAAGAACAUCAUAAAUCUGUUAGGAGGAAUUCUUGCUUUCCCCGACUCACAUACUCAAGGGAAGAGAGUCAACAACCUAAUUUGAUAUCUUCAUCCAAUUUCAGGCCCAAAUGGAAUUCUGCAGAUCCUAAAAAUCAGUUAAGUGAAGGACUUGAACACAGAAUCGGGAUAAUGGAAACUUCAUUGAGCAGGUUUGCAAUGAUCUUGGAUUCUGUUCAAAGUGAUGUAAUGCAAGUAAACAAAGGAACAAAGGAAAAUAAUUUAGAGAUGGAAUGCAUUCGGCAGAAGCUGAUCGUUCACGAUAACUCACUGCAAUUAAUGAUAAAAGGACAAGAAGAGAUCAAAGCAAGCAUUGAUGGGAACUUAAAAUUGUUAUCUGAACAAUUGUGCAAGUUUACAAGCCAAGAGAAGUUACAGGAAGUAUCUUUGAUAGUUUCAACCUUGCCACAGAUAAUAGAAACCUCUUUUAAAAGUCUGCAACAAGAAAUCCAUGCCAAAUUCACUGAGGAAAUGCAGGAAAUCUCUUGCAAUUUGAAACGCUUCAAUCAGAGGGAUCUGGCACAGUCUACCCUAUCUACAAAGAGUAUAAGCAACCAGGUUACCAAACGGGAAUGGCCUCAACCUCCAAAUAUCGAAGCGAAAAAUACUUUACAUGGUACUGUGGCUUCAAAAGAAGAAAUGGAAAUCUGGAAGCAAGUAAAAAGAGCCAGAGUUACAUUUUCAGAUAAAUGUCUUGACGAGCAGAAGCAAAAAGAGCCAUACACUGAAAAGUAUGUAAGGGGAGGAAAAGAAUCUGUAAUUGUCAUUGAUUCUUCUUCUGAGGAGACUGCUGGAAGUUGUUCCUGCUUUGAAGAAAACAUAGACCUAUAUGGAAGUUUCACCAAGGAAGAAACUGAAGAAGCGCAAAGGAUUAUCCAAAGAGCAAGGAAGCGCAAGAGAAGGUAUUCUAAACCUGUAGUCAAUCGUUGAAGGCCUUAGCUGGUGAAAUAUCUGCAAGUUUCUUUCAUGGUUUGUUUUUCAUAUAAACUUUGUUUAUAAUUUGGUCUAGCAUAUUUCCUGUUUUACAAUAAAAUGCUGUUUUUCAUAUAAACUUUGUUUUUUCUGUAACACAAUUAUAUCAAUACUGCAACACUUUACACGAAUGAGAAAUCAUGUGUAUCCCACCUGAUCUCACUGUGUAAGACACACUUAUGAGAGUUGAGAUGAGUUAAACGUGAUAAAGGAAAUCAUUAAAUAGAAAAGUCUUCCACUUGAAUGAUGAAUUCAAUGUGGAGAGUGGAGUAAGUUCAAAACGAGUACUCUGUUGUGCGGUUC